GGCAAUCUUGUAACAUGUGUUUGGUAUACCUGUCUAAUAUUUUACAAAUUUUUAUUUACGGUUCUCUGAAACAUCUUAUUUUACCAUCAUUUCAAUGUAUUCAAUUAGAUUGACUUAAAAUAAUUGAGAUACUAAUGUGUAUGCCUCCUUACACUUAUUGUUUAUGCGAAACAGAUUUCUACAUAAUAACCUCAAAAUGAAGGUUUGGAAUAAAACUAACAGAAGAAAAGUGGACAUUUCAGCAAAUAAUUUAAAAAUUACUGUUCCCAAUUUUAGGACAUCCAAAACGAACAAUCAAGCUGAAAAUUUAGAAUUACAAGACGAACAUCUGGAUUUUGAACCUGAUGAUGAUCUCACAGGCAAUGAUUCUGAAGAAGAACAAAACCAUUUUUCAAACAGUUAUAAUAAUGAAAGCUUUACUGAAAGCAAUUCAAUUACAGAAGAAUUUGAAACCUUUUCAACAGUUUCUCAAAAAGAAAAUUCAGUACACUACCCUACAAAUAGAAAUAAUGACCAUAUUAGCAUUACUACUAAAACAUCAACAUUUGAAUACUCACAUCGAGGGGAUCUGCUUCAGUACCAUACCUAUCCCAAUAGAUCAGAAGAUAGUAGAAAAAAAGAAUAUUUGCAGGUGAUUCCACCACUAAUCUCUGAACAAGUUAUGAUAGACAGUUCAAGUGAUAGUGACACCAGCAGUGAUAGUUUUGAACAUGAUGAUAUGGGUGAAGUUGAUGAUAAUGUGAAUUGUUCUCCAACAGAUACUGAUGAAGGAAAUGAAUAUUGGGAAUCGAAUGAAAAUGGAGCAAAAGAAAAUUGUGAAGAACAAAUUGACAAUAAAGAUAUCUUGAACCAUGAUGAUGAAUAUUCUGAAACAUCAGUAACCUAUGAAGAAGAGGAUGUAGCUCAGAAACCAUUUUUUUGUGAUAAAAGUUUAUGUACAUCUGGCUUUAAUAUAAUAAUAAAAACUAAUAUAAAUUCCAAAAAGCUAGUUUUACAAAGAGAUUCUUGGAAAAAGAUGAGAAGACACUAUAAAGCUAUUGAUAAAAGGUGGAAACUUCGACCCAAUCCUUAUCAUCACGUUAGAUUGUUUUUAGAAGAUAUUGGAUACGUUCCAUUAUUGUAUAGACUCAAGGACAGUAUUAAUUUCAAUAGCAGUGAAACGAUGAAUGUAGAUUCAUCUUCAUCUAUGUCUAGUUGUGAUACUUUUAUUUCAAAACAGUCUCAGAAAAAGAAGAUAUGUGAACAAAUUGGAAAAUGUGAAUCACAGAUAUCCUCAUUUAAAGUACCAUUGCCUCCUACAAAGAGGCCUCCUACGAGACCUAAGAGGUCAGAUAGUGUUUCCUCUAAUGAAACCAUAUUGAGUCAUAUAGAUGAUAGAUCAGUACAAGAAUGUAGAGAAGAUGAUGUUAUAUCAAUUUCAGCUUCUUCUAUCAGCUACUUGGAACUAGAGGAGGAAGUCAAAGAAGAACAAUUUUCCGACUAUCAAAGCCUUAUCAACGACAAUGAGUCGGUUACCACCAGUUUCUCUGGAGGAUAUUGGUUAUCUUCUAAGUUACAAAAUACUUCACCUCCUUCGCUUGUUUCCUUAAAUUUUAUACCUCCCCAAAACUCACCCUCAAAUUCCAAAGCUUUAGCCAUGUCUUCACAAUCCAUUCCUUCCUUAUUCACAAAUAUAAUUAAAUGCCCGCUUUUAGAAUCUGAAACUAAUAUUAGGAAAAAUUCAGCUGUUCCACCAGUGGGACCGAAUCGUAUAAAUUUUAUGGAAGUUCCUAGAUUUUUUUCUGGAAUAUGUUACCAUCAUUAUUUUAAUGGACGAUGCGUUAAAGUUAACUGUACAUUACCACAUUUUAUAAAGGACAGUUUAUUUUUCAAUAAAUGUAAGGAUCUUGAAUCAUCAGAAGAAGUGCGAAGUUUAUUCAAUUACGUUACUAAUUUUGAUAGGCUUUUUGAAGAUAUUUAUGCAGUAUUUUUAAAAGCUUUUGGACAUUUCAAAAUGAGAAUCGAUCUUAUUAAUUGCAUCCAUCUUUUUUUAAAGAAAGAAAAUAUAGCAUUCAAGAACGCUAUGGAAACUAUAAUUGAAUCGUUACAAAAUACUGGAUUAACUUUUUUACAGACCGUUGAAAACAUUUUAUUCAAUAUUGAAUUUUUACAAUGUCCCAUUCUGACCAACACGCUACUGGACAUUUUAACCACUAGGUCUAAUAUAAGAGAUAACUGGGAAGUAAUAAAACGAAUUUGCAAAGGAACUCAAUUCAUUGCCCCCGAAUUUUUCGAAAGAAUACUCUGUAAACUACUGAUAAUAGAAGUUCCAAACAACCGAGACUUAUCAAUGGACAUAUACAACACAGUCGUUAAAAAAGAAAUAACUAAUUUAACAUUAGUAGAACCUCGUUUACUGAGAGCUAUAAAAACGACAGUGGAAUUAGAGGAGAAAUCAAUAGACAAUUUCAUCGAUGAGAAUUUGUCCAUAGAAAGAGAAAAAUAUGAAAGAUCUCAACACAAUGAUUGUGAAACUUCUCCUUUCGAUUAUGAUCAAAACAGUUUAUCUGAUGCUGAUGACAGGCUCAAUUAUGUCGCUCCCAGUUAUUCGUCAAGAAAAUCUAAUUGUGAAAAAAGUAAUUCCCCUGUUUCUAUCUGUACAAGAAGAUCGAGCAGUGAUUUGGAUAGUGUUGGUAAUAAUUCAGAUGUAUAUUCACUCCAAGGUGUAAAAAAUUAUCAAUAUGUACCCCAAGCUGUUACUAAAUGUCGUGAUUCUAUGAGUAUAUCAAGUAUAUCAUGUCCGACUCCAAAUUGUAGCUCUUCAAAGGUUAAAACUUCUCAACGUUAUUCUCCUGUGGAGAACAGUGUGAUAACACACAGUACUGCUGAUAUUACUGCUUUAGCGACUUCAGAUUAUUAUGGAUACCCAGAUCAACCAAUUAUUGGAAAAUUCAAAUUUAACGAAGGAUUUAUUUUUGAUCAGUCAUUACAUCAUCUUUUACCAUCAAGUUGUCACCAAGUAAGCAUGAGUGAAAGCCAUAUUAUUGAAUUGAAUAAAUUCAUUUUGAAUGGUAAUGGAAGUGGAUUUUUAAGGAUAUUAGAUUUAUAUAAAAGUCCUACUACUAUACAGCAUUUUGUUACUAUGUGUGUAGCCGACAUAAAGUCCUGUAAGCAUCCAUGUAACCAAUUUUUAGACCUAUUGGAAAAUAUAGGAUGUAUAGAGCCAAAUUUUAGGACAAACAAUUUGUUAAAAGGGAUAUUUGAAGUAAUCGCUUUCAAUAUGUUGUUAGUUUUUGAAAGGAAAUGUCAAUAUGAGGAUGCAAGGAGAUUUGUUGAAGUCUUCAAUGAUUGGGACAGUUUGAUAUCUUCGAAGCAAUUUGGAUUGAGAAAGUUAACUCCUAUGGGACGCUAUAUAUUACUUGCCAAACUACUCACAAAAUCCAAGGCGUUUUACUAUGCUUAUGAAAUUUUGCAGUCACCUGAUCUGAAUUUGUUAGAUUCUCCUAAAAAUUGGCCACUUUUCAGAAUUGAUAACAUAGAUUUAGAAUCACGAAACGCGGUGCUUGUUGACUUUUUUAAAGAAGCUUAUAAAUCCAAUAUUGAAGUAGUAUGUGAUAUGUUCAGAAAAAUUUUCCAGUUUAAAAAUAUAUACCAAUUUGAUGCUUACAGUUAUUUCAAUCCGAUGCUGGAACAUCUCAUAAAUCAUGAAAAAAGUCUGUUGCUUAAAUAUUUCUACUCUAAUAUAGAUAUUUUUUACAAUAAAAUGGAAAGAAAUAUAUUUCGAGCGUUUACAAUUUUUAUGGAGGGUAAUCUUACUUUAGAACAUAGGUUAAGAUUAUAUGAAUAUGGUUGUAAGAAAGGAAUAUAUGUACAAUUUACGGGUAGAGAACAGACAAUAGUACUGAGGACAAAUAUGCCUAACAAUGAAAUAAAAUUGAUACUCCAAUAUUAUUUCAAGGCUAUGUCUCGUCUUGCAUAUUAUGAGGUUAAUCAUGAUCUCAAUAUAGAAAUCAGGCUACCGGAUGGUAUCGUGGAUUCACCUAAAAUAUUGCACAGGUGUAUUAGGAGUAUUAAUGAAUUGAAUAUGUCUGUUAAAGAAAUUGUGCACGAUUAUUUUCUAUUGCAAGUUAUCAGUCCUGAUAAACAAAUAAAUACAAUGCUACAAGUACCUAAAGACGAACUUAGAAAAAUAAUAAGAACAAUUUAGUUAAAUUGAAUUGAAACAAAGAAGUUUUUUUUGUUAUUAGUAAUAAUACGAACCUGCAAUUUUUUUAUGUGAAUACUUUAUUACUUUAUAUUGAAUUACAUUUUAUAUUUUUUCAUGAAAGAAUUAAUUUCUAAAUAUUGAUAACAUAAAAAUAUGUAAAAAUUUUAAAACAUUCGACGCAAAACUGUUAUUCGAGAAUUACAUUUUCAUUUAUAAGACACACGUGUUGUGACCCUUAAAAUACAAUAGACAAAAUUGCCGGCUUGUAUUAUAUGUUAAUUUUUAUAUGAAGUGAAUCAUUUUUUCUGUUUAUUGUAAAUAUUUUCAUGGAAGUUCUGGAAUAAUCUCUUAAGUUUUAUUGAAAAAAGAUCUUAAAUUUCAAGGAGACAUUUAAAUUUGGUUGUUUUAAUAUUUCAUAAUGUUAUUUAUGAUUAUAAUUAGAUAAAGUUUAUUAUUAGAUAUGUAUCUUCUAUGGACGACCGCAUGAACUUAUUAAUCUGUAUUAUAGCUGAGUAAAUACAAUUAUUUUUGUUUGUUUCUUA